AUGCAGCACCCUUUUCCCUUUAUUCCUAAAAAGAUUAAAGGGAAAAGUGCUCCACCUGUCAAGAGCAAAGUAGAUGCUAAGGUUGAGCCUAAUGCAUGGCUUACAGACGGUCUUGUUCGGCCUAUCGAAAGAGGUUUACCUAUAAGUCCCACGCCACCACCUGCAUUAGAUCCAAAUAUGCCUACUCCAAUGGAAAAUUUCGUAAAUGUACUUGUAGAACGCCCUUACAUGAAAUCUUUUAGAAAAAUGUAUGGAAAUUUAGCAGCAAAAUAUCCAGAAUUCAACUUCGAUGACCCAGAUAACUUAUCUUUAUACGAAAAAGAAUUUAUUUACCAAAAUUCGCAUGAUAUUGGCGAAACAUUAUUAAAACAAACGCAAUUAAAGCUAACAGUUCCCGAUGCACAUGGAAAUUUACAAACAACAGUUGGAGAAAUUCCAUUAAAUGCACAUCUUUAUACAUUUGGAGGAGCAAUUCCAUAUUUUGAAUCUCAAAUUUUUGAGGAAGAAAAGGUAAAAAUUAACCCAGAAGAUCUCAAGCCAAAGAAGAUUCAAACUGGUAUACAUGGUCCAGCUGUUGAAAAUCCAGAUGAUGCACUAGCUACUACAUUUCGCGAAAUACACUUUGAUUGCCUUUCACCAGAAGAAAUUGAAGCCUGCAAAACAAAAGAAGAUUCAGCUAUUCAUCCAUUAAAUCUUAUUCCUCCUAGUCUUGGUAGAUCUCUUGCCAAUUCUCAAAUUGAUAAAAGAAUAACCGAUAAUACAGUUACUGAUUGUAUAAGUGAAUAUUUCACAGCAACAGGUAAACCUUUUGUUCCCAGAAAUGUCGAGAAAUACUUCUCAUUAUCAGUUUUAACUCCAAAGAGAAAGACAUUUACGAAUACAGAACUAGAAAGGUCUACUACUCAGUCAGUUCUCUCUUCGGUCGAAGGUCCUGAUGAUCCAUAUGCUGGUAUUGAUCCGAAAUCAACUCUCCUUGAUACAAGUGACCAAGAUGUACUUUUUACAACGGAAAAAGCUCCUUUCAAACGAAGCGAAAUUGCAGAAUUAAGGGCAUUUAAUCAGCAUUGGGAUAGACUACAGAAGAAGCAGAACGAGAAGUUCAAACAGGAGUUAAGAAAGAGAAGUCAUCAUGUUCAAAGAGCUUUCCAAUCUCGUGAAGUUAUGAAAGAAUAUUUAAAUCUUUUAGAUGAAGAUUACAGACGAAUAAAUGCCGGAAUUAUCGGUAAAUGUCCUUUCAAGAACAAGAGCAUGUGGCAAGUAGCAUGUGAAAGAGCUCCUAAAGAUAUGAGUUCCCUUGGCGAAAGAAUGAAAUUCUGGUGGAGAUUUGGAACAUUUGUAAGUGAAAUUGGCGGAAUAAGAGAUGAUUUUGAUCAUGAAGUUAUGGAUACUUUAAGGCACAAAUUAAUGGAUAACCAUCCAAUCAAUAACUCCCUAUUCUUUGAAGUAGUUAAUGAUGUGAGUGAUGAUGCAUUACAAUCAGUUAGUUCUCUUAAACUGAUUGAAUUUAUGAGAAUAACUUUGGAUAUCAAUCAAAAAGAAUUUAUGAAAGUUUUUACAACAAGACACGUAUCACAGUUCGUAUAUACUCAAGCUAUAUUAACUAAUAUUUCAUCUGAGCAUUUGGAAAGUAUGAAUAGAGUUUCCAAAAUGCAUAUCACUGUACCAGAAGUUUCAGAUUUAAAGUAA